AUGGCCGGCGCCGCGGACCUUCUCCCCGUGCUCGUCCUCGCAGCAUUGCUGCUUCAAGCGCCUUCCGCCGCGUCCGCCCGCCUCUGGAUCUGGAACGGCGGCCUCGUCCCCUUCGUCCCGGAGCAACGCGCAGCGGAGGCCGUGCUCACCGCCGCGGAGUCCGCCGGAGCGACGGGGCCUGCCGCCGGUACCGUCGCUGCUGGCACGGAGACAGAUCCGCCGCUCUCGCCCCCGCCAGUUUCAGCCGCAGCCCCGACGCCAGCCGCGGCGACGCCAGCCCCGACGCCAGCCCCGGCGGCGGCUCCUGCGGCGGCGCCCGCGCCAGCUCCUGCGGAAACGUGCGACGACGCGCCUGUGGACCCUUCGAUCGUGUCUGGGUCCGCGCCCGAUCCGUGUGCUGCGCUGGCGGCGGAGCUAACGCGGAGUGUGGAGAAACUUGGGAACAAGACUGGAGGGAAAUGGUUCGCAGCCCCCUCUCUCUUCGAAGCUUGCUACUCGACAUUUCUGUUCAGGCAGAAGUGCGACGUGGAGGACCUGCUGUCGAUCGCGAACGCGUUUGACAAUCACUACGUGUAUAAGCACAUCGCUGUUGACUCGCCGGACCAGACCAACCUGCCGAGCAGCAUCGAUGUUGUCGCGGACCUGAGAAAGAUCGUUGCCAACGGCGAGAAGGGGAAGUACACGCGGCUAGUUGAUGCGCACAUGGCGGCGUACACAGCGACCAUGGCGCUCAACGAUGGGCACAGCAUGUUCGUCCCGAAUUGUUUCCUUGGGACUUACGACUUGCCGUUGCCGCUCAUGGCUGUUGUGGAAGACGGGAAGCAAAUCAUUCGCGUUGCACCACGCCGAUAUGUCACUCCCAAGGGUAUGCGACAUGUCGCGAAGGUUCUGCACGAUUUUGACUUCGAUAUUUACGAGGGCCGACAGGUGGUGGCUAUUAACGGGGAGAAGGCGGAAGAUUUCAUCCUGAACUGGGCAGACAAGGAACUGGGCAUGUUUCGCAACCGGGCCGCGCGAUUCACGAAAUCUUUUGCGAGGAAUGAGGCGGAAACAAUGCUGGACGGGACGAACAUUGUCCAGGUGGCAGGCGACUUCGCGCGACGAUUCAUUGCUCCCGAAAACGACACCUUAUUGGUGUCCUUCGCAACAGCGGAUGGAGGCUCAACGGAGGACGUACAGGUGCCAUGGAUCGGGACAACUGAGCGUGCUGACUUUGUGAAUGCGACGGGGUACUGGGCGAGUCGCUGUGCCGUACCCAACGCAUCAGGCGCUGCCGCUGGCGACACCAGUAGCCCGCAGGCAGCCACGCUCACUUCCAUCGGCCAUAAUGCGGACAUUCCGGUGAUGGACAGGUUUCUCAAACGCCACCCUGAUCCAGUGUACUACGGCGAUAUCAGCGAUGACAGCGACGACCUGAAUGUCGAGAUUGCGUCGCUUUCUGCAGCGGCAGAUGGCUCUUCUGGUGCAGUAGCGGGGCAGACUGUAACGCGGAUCUCACCAAAGGGUGAUAGUUUUCUGGUAUACCUGGUGGGCGGAAGCACGGCUGUGAUCUGGAUUCACACAUUCACUCCCAGUGAUGCAGUGUCAGAGGCGCUGGCGGAGAAAAAUGUCAACGCGGAGAGCUACAUGUUGAAGGAGGUCGCCAAAGCUCUUCUCACCGCUGCAGCAUCCAACGCCUCGCAGAUCAUCAUAGACGUGCGGGGCAACGGUGGCGGCCACACCGCAGCAGCAUACACAGCCAUCCGCCUGCUCAUGGGGGCAGCCAAGGUCCCGGACUCGGAAUUCUCCCUGCCCGUGGAUUUCAUCAUCGGCACCCCGUACACCGAGAAUGCCAUCAGCGCUCUCUCCAUCGAUCCCAAUACGCACUACUACUACAGAGGAUACUCCGACCUCAACGGAACGACACUCACAAGCGCCUUUGACUACGCUCCUUUCCGCGAGCUCCGCUUCACAGAAGGCGGCCCUGCAGGGAACUACUCGGCGCCGCUCAAGACAAAUAGCAAGUCCACUGUGAAGCUAGAGCAGCCGGUGUUUGGCGACCGCCCUUUCCUGGUCCUGUCGGAUGGAAACUGCUUCUCUGCCUGCGGCAUCCUCACACACGUCCUGGGGAAACGCCACAAAGUACCCAUGGUAACCGUGGGUGGUUUGCCGAACCAGCCCCCUGAUGUGGGCUCCUCGUGCCUCGGGUUUACCCUACCUGACGUCCAUUCAAUGUCACCAGGCCUCAGCAAGCUAGCUGCCUUGAUGCCUCAGAACGCGUUGCUGCCUCUCAAGGUGAAGGGGACGGUUGGCAUGGCGUUUGCUAAUGGGUACGUGGAUUCGGAGAUUCCGUGCGAGUUUGAGUUUCUGCCCAGCCAGCAUCACAUCAACUACACCGUUGAUCUCAUUGGCAAGCCCUGGGCCAUGUGGAGCGAGGUGGCCAAGCUCUUUGCCUCCGCUGCCGUGUAG